GACGAGAUGAAUGCCAGGACGAUUUUGAGUGUUGUGGGAUUCGUCGUAGGCGUGGGCUGGUGCUAUGCUGACGGGAAACCCGAUACGUCCGUUUACAUCGUCCCCAUUAAAAUUAAAACAUACAAAGCUAAAGCUCGAAGCUUUUCAAACGAAUCUAACGGUUCGAUUUUUUUGAUUACAGCAGGAGAAUGUCGCUCGGCCCUCGGUAUGGAGGAAGGGCGUAUUCCUGAUCACGCUAUAUCUGCUAGUUCGUCCUACGAAACGAAAUCUGUAGGGCCGCAAAAUGCAAGGACCUCGUUCCUGACCGUCCUCGGCGUCGGGACGCCCCGCGCCUCUUCCCCCCCGAGGAACAUGAAUUAUGAUCUCAUAUUAAACGAUAUGGCGACCGGAGAAAACGGGGAAACGGCCAGAGCACAUCCUGCAGUCCUGCUACAGUAG